ACCCAGAAAUAAGCGGCUAUUUCGCUUUGGGACUUAGAAUAUACUGUCAGUUCAUUCUCAGCUCCCCUGCUGUUCAUUCAGUUCGGAGCGCGAAUUUUCAUAUUAGAGCACGUGACUCUUAAAUAUUCUAUGGAAGAUAAAACCUUCAUAGAAGUUGUAGAACGACGAAAUCAGAAAUUGAGAUGUGUACAAAUUAUAUAUGGAAGAGAGAAUCUUCAUAAAAGUUGCCGAGCAACGAAGCUUUGCCGAAGAUUGGGAGACAAGAAGAUACAAUCUGCAGGUAUAAUUAUAAUACCUACUUGCAGCGCAACAAUAAUGGACAAUUCUAUAGAUGGAACAAUGAUUUUAUAAUCAUUGUUUCUUAAAUAACAUUAUUUGAUUUUAAAAUCAAACCGUCUUCGUUCACAAAAUUUACUGCAAACAUUCUGGAACAUCUCUAAACAAGAGAACUCUAACAAACAUAUUUGACAUAUUGCAAACAUUUUGUUAAGUUUAACUUGGCGAAAUGUUAAACUAUCCACCUUGGGCGCAACUUACAUGACAGAUUGUGGCAGCAUGUAUGGAAACUGGAAUACGAAAAAUGGUACAUACACCGAAUCAGUAAGAAACCAUCGUUGAGGAGCAAUGACAUCCGCGCCAUUCGACAACCACGCUCACUUGGGGUGAUAGAAUCGUGCUUUUCUUCCUACAUUGCUAUACCAACCUGGGGUGAGCAUUGAUUUUCGAAGAAAGUUUGUCUUCUAAAUAAAACAACUCAUCCACUCAAAUUUACUGGGCAGAAAUUUAUGUAGCAAUAGAAUAUUAUGAACGAACUUCAAACGGAUCAAUCAAUCACAGCCACAAUCUCCAACACCAUGAAACCACCCGACGAAGACUUUCUUCCUUUACUGUACUGUAGCUGUGGCUUUACCUCGAGGAACAAAUCGCAAUUCAUCGAGCAUCGAAAGCUCUGUUUGUCUAUACCGACCUUUAACAAAAUCAACAAAUGGCAAGCUCUCAUUAACGCAUCAGGCUCUUUCAAAAGGAAUCUCACUUCUCCCACAUCAAUGGAACAAGUUGAGAAUAUGACAGAGGAAAUCUACAACUCCGAUCUUAGUAUUCCUCAGGUGAAUCUGCAUGACAGUCCGAAAAAACAAAACAAGGGUUUCCGGGAAGGAGCUAAAAACUGCAAAAUGUGCGGAUUUGUGUACAGAACGAAGAGCGAAUACUGGAUGCAUAUGCGCCAGCACAUCUCCGGCUUUACUUGUACCCAAUGUGAAUUUGUUACUAAGUAUAAGCACCAUAUGACCCACCACUGGCGCAGCGUGCACGAGGGCUCCAAGCCGUUCGAGUGCGACAAAUGUACAUAUUCGUGUGUCAGCAAAUCGAUGCUGACCAGCCACAUGAAGAAACACUCGGACAUCUAUCCCUACAAUUGCGCGGACUGCAUGUACAAAACCAAAUUCUGCAAUGCUCUGAAGAAGCAUCUGCGGAAAAAGGAGCAUCGACCGGCGGCGGUGCUGAAUCCUGAUGGCACGCCGAAUCCUUCGUACGUCAUCGACGUGUACGGCACCAAACGCGGACCAAAGCGAAACCCAUUUUUCAAGAUUUUAUCGCCAGACAAACUGAAUAACUACGUGGACGGCAUGCAAGAGCCAUCAGUUUUUGACAAUCAAGACCAAGUAAAUGAAGACAUUAUCAGCGAGCCAAACUCGCCCGUUUUCAAGCUUCUAAUGACAGACGAAACAAAUCAAAACGUUACCAAAAACAAUCAGUUGAGUCCAACGAUAAAUUCGCAAGGUGUACAGCAUCCAUCAUCAGUUGCUCAUAAUAUGCCUGCCUACACUGUGACGACGACAAAUGGAAUGAACAAUGCGAAUAAGAUCGACGAGAGUGACACGGCUAGAAUCGAAUCCACCGCGACGUUUCAUUCUCCUCCUUACAGCGAUCUGAUGGCCGCGUUUAAUCUACCGAGUCCUCUUGUGCUUCACGAAGACGCGACAUAUCACGAGAAUAUGCGAAAGAUGGAUACGCAAAAGAUGGACAGUGCGCGAUCAACGGUUACGUCGAUGAAUGCCGAGGUCAUCCUUCCGAAAGUUAUAACUCGUUUCGGCAUCAAAAGAUUUGAUGCUUUCAAUAAUGCGCAGGCUGCUGAUAAAAUCUUGGAAUUGCCAGUGCAAGAGCCUCAAGAAUUUCAAGAGCCCGAUUUUAGGCCGCUGGAUCUCCGUAUUCCCGAGGUGAUGAAGAGAACUGAUCAACCUCAGUUAUCAGUUACGAGCUCACCGAGUGCUACUCGCGCUAAUAAGCGCAAGGGUAGAGCGAUGAAGUUGGAACGUCGCAUGGUCGAACAGAACGAUGACACGGAUGAAGACUCAGAGCAGAACGAAAUGUGUUUUUCCGACUUUUUUGCAAAGUUCGUAGAGUUUCUGAAGGAUGGCGGUAUGUAUUUUGCAGGAAAGAAAGAAAUCGAGGAAUUGAUGGAUAAAAAGAAUUCAGUAGACGGCGUAUCUAUCUGUCGUCACUGCGGGAUCAUCUUUAAAAAUUCGACGAUGUACAUCGUGCACAUGGGCUAUCACGACUCUGUUAAUCCCUACACGUGCAAUAUGUGCGGAUAUCAAUGCGAUGACAAGGUGUCUUUCUUUCUGCACAUUAGUAGAUUGAAACAUUCGUGUAAAAUGCGAAAACUGACGACAUUUUGAUGAAGAACAUAUGUUAUGUAACAUAUGUUAUGUAAAUUAUUAUGAAUUAAGAAAGGAUAAACGAGCAAGAGCUUAAACAAUGCAUAAGCAUAUGCUAUGCAACGAAAGUUACUAUUUCUAGUCAAACAUGAACUCUCCAAGAAGCAUUUAAAUUAAAUAUUCGAUAGAUAUAUAUAUAUAUAAUUUAAAAGUAAGUAGUAAGACUAUACAAUUUUGAUUAUUGCUAUUCUACAAAUUUUUGACGUAUUUGGAACGUUUUUUUUUGUUCCACUACUCGUGCGAUUUUCUCAUUUGUGGGCUGUAAUUGACAAAUCUAAAUGUGUUUAAUUAUACGUCGAUAUAAUUAACGCAAAUUUUGGAAUAUAUCAUAACAAUUAUGCUGGCUUCAAUUCUCAUAAAGAUGAAAAUCGACAUAAUUUUUAUGUUUUUUGCUUUAAUUAUAUAGAUAUCAACUUUUAUUUAA